GUGAUCAAGUAUCAUUUUAAAAAAAGAGCAGAGCGACACAGUGUCGGACACAGCUUGAACUUCCGUUAAACAUUGGAACCCGCCAUUAGUGCAUGAUUCUGCGGAGUGGCGUUGUCUAGUUCUUGAUGUCUCUAUGGAGAAAGUCGUAGGCCGUUUGGAAGUGAGGCGACUGACAGGGAUGCCUGGACUAAGCUGUAGAUUUUACCAGCAUAAAUUUCCAGAAGUAGAAGAUGUGGUCAUGGUUAACGUUCGGUCCAUUGCAGAAAUGGGAGCCUACGUUAGCCUGCUGGAAUAUAACAAUAUUGAGGGCAUGAUUCUACUCAGUGAGCUGUCCAGAAGACGUAUCCGUUCUAUAAACAAACUCAUCCGAAUUGGCAGAAAUGAAUGUGUCGUCGUCAUAAGGGUUGAUAAAGAGAAAGGUUAUAUUGAUUUAUCAAAAAGAAGAGUUUCCCCAGAGGAAGCAAUUAAAUGUGAAGACAAAUUCACCAAAUCAAAAACUGUUUAUAGCAUUCUUCGUCAUGUUGCUGAGGUUUUGGAGUACACCAAGGAUGAGCAGCUGGAGAGCCUGUUCCAGAGAACUGCUUGGGUAUUUGAUGACAAGUACAAAAGACCUGGAUAUGGUGCUUAUGAUGCCUUCAAGCAUGCUGUUUCGGAUCCCACAAUCCUAGAUGGACUGGAUCUGACAGAAGAUGAGAAGCGUGUGCUAAUUGACAAUAUUAAUAGGCGUCUGACACCACAAGCAGUCAAAAUUCGAGCUGAUAUUGAAGUUGCCUGUUAUGGUUAUGAGGGUAUUGAUGCAGUGAAAGAAGCUCUGAGGGCUGGCCUGAGCUGUUCUACGGAAAGCAUGCCUAUCAAAAUAAAUCUGAUAGCUCCUCCUCGAUAUGUGAUGACCACUACAACACUGGAGAGGACUGAGGGCCUCUCUGUCCUCAGCCAAGCCAUGGCUGUCAUCAAAGAAAAGAUUGAAGAGAAGAGAGGAGUCUUUAAUGUGCAGAUGGAGCCCAAAGUGGUUACUGAUACUGAUGAGACUGAGCUUGCAAGACAGCUGGAAAGGCUGGAGCGUGAAAAUGCUGAAGUGGAUGGAGACGACGAUGCUGAGGAGAUGGAAGCAAAAACUGAAGAUUAAAUUGCUUGGGAUGAGAGCUUAGGAUGUAAUUAUACUAUCCACACCAAACCAAUGAAGACACUUUUGAUUGAGAAGGUGUCUGGUAUUGAAAACUCCACAAGACAACUUGACAUUUUCAAGUUUUAACGAGACCAAAUUUUGAAGAGGUGGGAAAACAUCUGCAGAAUACUUGCUGCUACUUGUGCUGAUUUUUUUCCCCCUCAGAAGGAAGGUGCCUCUCACUAAAGAUCCACCACUGCCCCUCCAAUAGAUCAGGCAAUGUCUGAAGGCCUUCAUUAAUAUUUUCAUAUCUAACAAAUCCAGAUUGGCAACCAUUCAGUCCAUGAGGUUUUGGAGAAUUAAAGCAAUAUUCCUCCACAGACUGUACUCAGACAAAUAUUCAAUAAAUUUCUUGGAUAUUUAA